UUUUUUUUUUUUUUUUUUUUUUUCAUUUCAUAGAAAACGUUUUGCUUAAUAAGUGAUAAUAACGAUCGAUUGUUAUUAAGCGAUACGUUCUUAGAGGAUUAUAUAGUGUGUGGGGAGUUAAUUAUGAUGCAGUCAUUGAAUGCAUGCCACCAAUCAUAUCAAUUUUUCAAAGUGCGUCGAUGUACUUCAACGGAAUUUUUAAUACAACAAAGAUUAAAAAUAUAUUAUUAUUCAUUAAAAAUGACCAUAAAUAUUAUAUAAAUCGUUCAGAAAAUAUAAUUCUUCAAAAAUAUGAUAUGCAAGGGAAAAAAAUUACAUUUUAUUAUAUUUUAUACGUUUACACAACAUUGUUAGUUUACUUAUUAUUACCAACAAUACCACUGAUAAUUGAUUUCAUUACAUCCUCCAAUCAUUCUCAAAAAAGAAAUUUUCUAUUUGAACUUGAUUAUGGUAUGGACAAACAACAAUAUUUUUAUUAUAUAUCUAUACAUUCAUACAUUGGAACAGCUAUAGUCGCGAAUUUAAUUGCUUCUUGUGAUACUAUGUAUAUGCUAUAUGCUCAACAUGCCUAUGCUUUAUUUGCAAUUGUAAGUUAUGAAUUGAAAACUAUACAUAUUUUGAAUACAAAUAAUUUGAUAAAUAUCACAGAAAAUCAUCAUUUACCCGAAAAAUAUAAAAAUAUUAAAUUAUUACCAAGAAAUGAGAAGAAAGUUUACAGAAAAUUGUUUAUUUGCAUAAAAAAUCAUCAAAAUGCAAUAAAAUAUUCAAAUCUUCUUGAAUCACUAUUUACUAAAUCCAUACUUGUUCAGUUAUUCUUUAAUGUUCUUUGUCUUAGCAUUACAGGAGUUGAAACUGUAAUAAAAUUAGGUAAUUUAAGCGAAAUGAUGAGAUUUGGAUCGUUUACGUUUGCACAAGCUGUUCACAUAUUUUUUCUUUGUCUCCCUGGGCAAAGAUUAUUGAAUCAUAGCGAAGAAGUGCAUAUCUCAGUGUGCAAAGUAACCUGGUAUAUUUUUUCUAAAAAAUAUCAAAAUUUAUACAAAUUUUUACUUGCAAGAUCUUUAAUAUUUAGUAAAUUGACAGCUUUUAAAAUGACAACCUUAUCUAUGCAAACAUUUUUAGCAAUUAUUCAAACUGCAAUGAGUUAUUUUACUGUGUUGUUAUCAACUACAUGAAUUUGAAUGAAUCAUUAAUAUGUAUCUUAGUUAUAUAUUCAAUAGAAACUAUUAAUACAA